AUGAGACAUUCUAAAAUUCUACCGAACUUUCCCGAAAACAAAGCAGCAUUAAUAGUACAGAAAACUAAAAAUGAUAAUGAAGCAUUCAUUAAAGAUUCGAACGCGACUUGUUCUUUCUUGGAAUACAAUGCACUAUACAUACCAUAUAACACCUUUCCUGGAGCAGAA